GAGCUGCCGCUUUGUCGAGCCUGUUUGCGUUUUCCUUCUAUUUUUUUUUUCCUCCUCGUGCGCGUUUCCUUCCUCCUUUCUAGUAUCUUUUUCUGCGUUGCGUGAACGCACGUUUUGGUGUAGUAGUGGCGACGGCGUCGACGACGGAUAGUAGUAGCGUCGGUCGCUCGCCGUAAAUCCGAGCUCGAAACUUCGUGUGGAUGAUGUGUGUGUGCGCGCUCCUCUCCGUGACGUAGGACAGGGGAGAUUCGCCACAGCGGGGGCCUUCUGUGUGUGUUUCUGUGAGUGUUGGUUCGUCCCCUCUGCGGACCGAGAAGUGUUCCAACUUGGACCGGGUCUUCGCCUGUGCCCACGCCUGCCUGCUUCGAACGUGUGAAUUACCGAAGCGGAGUAGGCUUUCCGUCCGCCAGAAGACGUCGUGGCAAGAGGUGGUAGUGGCAGCGGUCGUGGAUCGUGCCGGAUGACCUCCGGCCGACGCCGCAGCGGUGCUGCAAGGAGGCAACAGCAGCAGGGCCGUGCGGCAGCCGUCCCGGCGUACUACUACGAAGAGAAGCGUACGCUGCUCGUCGUCCCUCGCCGCUGCUGUCAUGGCUCCUUCUUGUCGGGAGCGAGCUCCGUCCUGCGAGGCGCUCCGCUGCCGCGGAUCGUCGGGUCGCCGGCGCACCGACGUCGUCAGCCUAAACCACUAGGACUAACCGUCGCCGGCUCUACCUUGCCCCGGCACUCUGUCUCCUUUUCCGGAGGUCUUUUUCUGUCGUGGUUCACUUAUUGUGGUCGGAUGAUUCUCGACCGCGAGCACACGUGAUCCGCACGGGAACUCUCGACGUGUUUGGCAAAUUCACGCCGACGUGCGCGUUUUCCGGUCUAUGUUGCGUGGCAUCGGAGGUCCCUCGGGCUCGUCGUUGUCGUACGGUCGUCGUCAACCAUGCUACGCUGCUUCACGCUGCCGGCUUACCGCACUCUCAAGGAAGAGGAUGCCGACGUGCAGGGCCCCGUGCGUGUCGCCGUGGCCGACUGCAUCGACCGCACAAGCGGCGGCCGAACUCUUGGCAAGAAAGGCGCCGCGCUUCAGUCGAGCGGCGGCAGCACCAAGUCUCCUCCCAAGUCUGGAGGACCGCUCGGUCGUCGGAGGGGCGACCACCAGUCUCAGCAGCAGCAGUCGUCCCAGCCUCCUCAGCAUCAUCAGCAGCAGCAGCCGCGCUCCUUGCUGAGCGGCAGCGUCGUUUCCGAGGGCGGCGUGGGCGGCGUCCUGCGCAGAGCGAGGACGGGCGCCGGGGCCAGCGGGGCGGCGCAGGGCCCGGGCGCGGGGCCCGCGCCUUCCUUCGUGCGGCACCUCGAGGCCAACCUGCGCCGCAAAGAGGACCCCGCGCUACUGCACCAGGGCUCCUCCAUACACGCCGCCGGGGACGACGCGGCGCUGCUCGCCGACGGCGCCGAGCGGUACACGCGCCUGCCGCAGGGGAGCACAUGCGUGUCGUCGUCACCGCCACAGUGCCAGGCGCCUCCGACUCCUGCGAGCCCCGCCGCGCCGAGUCCCGCUAGCCGGACGUCCUCAUCGUCGUCGUCCAACGGCCCUACCGCUGUGAUAUCCUCGUCUUCUGCCUCGUCGCCGGCGCCCGCGGUGUCGCCAGCGGCACCGUCGAACCUCGCGGCCCCUUCCCCGCCACCGCCGCCGCAUCAGCCCGAGGCGAGCCGGAGUCCGACUCCCCGCGGCCGCACAACGACCAGGAUGGCGACCGCGGCCUCGUCCUGGUCUCAGCUCGGGGGCGGUCCCAGCAGGGCGCCCCCUCAGCAGCCCCACCCGCCGCCGGCGGCGUCGGGAUUCGUGAGCCGACCUGCCCGGGGCUGGCUGCACACGGACCAGCAGGUGCUCGGACCGGGGGUCACGUACGCCGUCAGGUACAUUGGCUGCCUUGAUGUGAAGAUGUCGAUGAAGUCGCUGGAUUUCGACACGAGGUCUCUGAUCGCAAAAGAGUGCAUCACCAGGGUCUGUGAAGCAGCGGGACUGAGACCUGUGGAUAAAAAACGAAAGGUGGACCGGCGACUGCAACGGAUGCUGGCUGAUAGGCCAAACUUGGACUAUGCUGGCUCGAACGUAACGCUCUGUGUCACCAGCUCGAAUCUGACACUGGCCGUUAAAGAGAGUGGUCAAGUGAUCGCCGACCACAGCAUGCCCAACAUCUCAUUUGCUUCUGCUGGAGACUCGGAAACUCUGGACUUUGUCGCAUACGUGGCCAAGGAUGGGCAGAACGCACGGGCCUGCUUUGUCUUGGAGUGUUCGGGUGGUGUGUUGGCUCAGGACGUCAUCUCAACCAUUGGGCAUGCCUUUGAACUUCGCUUCCGAGAGUUCAUGCGCACUGCACCACCGCCGGGGCUGCCACCAAAAAGGCCAGAGACCGUGGCGCCGUCAAAAGAUGAUCCUGAUUACUACAAUGAUCUUCCUGGCAAGAUACCACCUGAAGCCCCACCACCUGUGCCCCCUCUGCCUGACUACCGUACAGAUCCCACGGCUGAUAGCAGCAAGGAUCCCUCAAGAGAAGCGUUAACAAGUGCACCAGCGAGCAUUCCACCUCAGCCAAACGCGCGCAAGGUCUCCCGCGACACAAACCUCAUCGACCUGAGCGGAGAGGAACUCCCACCAGUGCCAAUUGUGCAACGCCAUGAAUACGUCAACAUGGGCCAGGACACUGGACUUGGCAAAAAUGGAGUCUUGGACCCAUUUGAUAUGCCUCCCGUAGCACCACCGCCGAGUGGUGUGGCCCAAGAGGAGGCGUGGCACCGUGCCACUCUGGAGCGGGAGGUGUGGUUCCACGGUGCCAUUAGCCGCAAGGAGGGCGAAGCACGCCUCACCCACGAUGGGGACUUUCUGGUGCGCGAGUCGCACAACUCACCGGGGCAAUUCGUGCUGACGGGCAUGCAGAAUGGUGCACGCCGGCACUUGCUCCUCGUGGACCCAGCAGGCGUGGUUCGUACAAAGGACCGCACCUUCGACAGCGUCAGCCACCUCGUAAACUUUCACCGGGACAACGCUCUUCCCAUCAUCUCAGCGGAGAGCGCGCUUGUCCUGAAGACUCCUGUGCCAAGGCCUCGCUGAUCGACCUCACUUCGAUACCAAAAGAAAAACGGGACGCAAGGCUAACAAGAAGCGCCGCAGAAGCAAAUCAACAAUCAGUGCCUUUGUGGACUCCUCAGAGGACUCGUGUCGCUGCCUUUCGUGGGACUUUUAUUAUUAUUUUAUGUUGUGCAACUUCCUCGGAAAUGAGACUUUGGCAGUGCGCAACGUUCUCACGACAGAUCGCGACCAUCGGCCAUCGAUGGAUCUGCAACAAACGACCUUACUUUCAACGAGUCACGGGUAGCAACUGUGGUCCUCCGCCCACUGCCGUCACUGGGACUUGUCGUACGACAAUCAGUGUAGGAACAGCACUCGAGGAAUAGUCGACUGCGAUUAGCAGCACUUUCAUUCACACAAGAGUCGCAGCAUGAAGCUGGGCACCUUGCUACCCCGUUUUAAAUGGCAAAGCCAGCCUUCUUUAACUGCGCUGCCCUCACUUCAAAAAAAAGGGGCAACGCAUCUCCUCAAGAGUGCCUAGGCUGCUACAAUUCCUCUCCCGAAAACUGUCAGCCCAGUAUUGUACAGUGGCAGUGACUGCCACCACCAUUUGCCACAGUUUUGUGGAGAGGAAUUUAUAGAGAGGCACACACAAGUGUUUUGUUAGACCGUCGGCGAGAUGUCGAGCGGCCCAGUGCGACGACAUUUAUAAAAGUAUUGCCCGCGUAACACCGAGUGGAUACACCGCGCUGGCACAGCUGAGGCAUUGUUGAGAUAGCCAUUAUAUUUAGUUGUUUCAAUUUUUUACGCAAAGUAUGCCCCGGAGAGUUGAAUCGAACAAAACGGCGCUUGCAGUUUGCCCGCUCAAGGCCGCGAAGAUUUCUGGCUGGGCAUCAUCGUGCGCACGAGCAGUUUUUUAUUUGUUUGUGGCGCACACGCGCAAGGAUGCGAUGAAACGAGAAUGCCCUUGCACACUAGGAAAAAAGAAAUGGCAGUUUUGUGAGUGGUGCAUUGUCCAGCUCUAGUCACCCGCGUCUGGCUUAGGACCAUCAAUGUGGAACAAGAUGUCACUCCUUUUUUUAGGAUUCUUUGAACUUUUCUUUUUACCUUGCUUCUUUUACUACAUCCUUGCAGAGCUUCUCCAACAUUUACUUUUUUUUUCUCUCGCUACCCUGCAUCUCCUGAGCAAGCUUCUAAUUUAUAUACGCUAAUUUCCCUCGCUUGUGUACGUUGUGAGUUUCAGAUAUAGUUUAUGAUGUGUACAUACCUGUAAAGAAAGUAAUUUAUGGUGUUCUGCAAGCAAACAGCUACGCUGCGCUUUCAAACACAUUUUUUUGAAUAAACAGUAGAGCCAAAGCUGUCUCUCGCGCCCUUUAUA